AUGGCUGCGUCUCCCGCUGCUGUAGCCCCGACCGUCCCUGAGACCAAGGUUGAGGGCCUAGCCUUGUACUCUCGCUUCGCUUUUGCCGGUGCCGUCUGCUGUUCGGUCACUCAUGGUGCCUUCACUCCGGUUGAUGUUGUCAAAACCAGGAUCCAGCUCGACCCAGUGACCUACAACCGUGGUAUGAUUGGUGGCUUCCGUCAGGUUAUCCAAAAUGAGGGCGCUGGGGCUCUCUUGACCGGGUUUGGCCCAACCUUUGCUGGUUACUUCAUGCAGGGCGCCUUCAAAUUCGGUGGUUACGAGUUUUUCAAGCAGCAAUCCAUCAACGUCCUUGGUCUUGAAAGGGCCCGUCAGAACCGUACUGCUGUGUAUUCUGUCUCAGCUGCCUGUGCGGAGUUCUUUGCCUCUAUCGCUCUCUGCCCUCUUGAGGCUACACGUAUCCGUCUUGUCUCUCAGCCUGGCUUCGCCAAUGGCCUGUUUAGCGGUUUUGGCAAGAUUUUCAAGAACGAGGGCAUUGGUGCUUUCUACCGUGGUUUUGGUCCUAUUCUCUUGAAGCAGGUGCCCUACACAGUGACUAAGUUUGUGGUUUAUGAAAAGGUUGCUGAGGCUGUUUUUGCUCGCCUGGACAAGUCCAAGCUGUCAAAUGGCGCCCAGACUGGUGUGAACUUAGGAUCUGGUCUCAUUGCUGGCUUCGCUGCUGCCAUCAUCUCUCAGCCCGCUGAUACUAUGCUAUCAAAGAUCAACAAGACCAAGGGCCUCCCUGGGGAGAGCACCGUCUCCCGCCUCAUCAAGAUUGCGGGUGAGCUUGGUCUUCGUGGUUCCUUUACUGGUCUCCCUACUCGUCUAUUCAUGAUUGGUGGUCUUACUGCUGGGCAAUUUGCCAUCUACGGUGACAUUAAGAAGGCUCUUGGUGCGACUAAUGGUGUGGAGAUCGCGAAGUAA